GGAAUACAAAUACACAUAUCAUCGACGGUAUCUUUUGAGAUAGGAAGGAGAUUGUAGGUUUAAUUAAAGAAAGAAAUCCUUUAUGUGGGAGUAACAGAAGCAGUGUGUGGAGAACAACACAUCAUAAACAGACACAACAUUAUCAACUGUUGUUGUUCACACACAAUGGUGGGGAGACAGACAUGAUCUAUCUGUGUUCUUCACAAGACUACUGUUUUCGCGCCUCAUCCUUAUGUAGCACAAACACCCACCUCCACCACUACGCUAGAGUCAUCAUCAUCCCUUGCUAGUUCAUAAUCUUGUCACUUCUUGGAUAUGGGGACUCUGGCACUUGAAACUGAGGAUGUAAACUCAGAUGUAUACCUUUCACUGGGGCUAAAAGAAUUGGAUAAAGGAGUAGGAGUUCCACGGGUUUUGUCACUUCUUUCUUCGCUUCUUGAAAGGUUAGUUCAGAGAAACGAAACACUAUUGGAGGCAAAUAACAUAAAAGAUGUUGUUACAGUGUUUCAUGGUUUAAGAGCUCCUACUCUUAGUGUUCGUAAAUACGUUGAUCGUAUCUUCAAGUACGCAUGUUGCAGCCCAUCCUGUUUUGUUGUGGCACACAUAUAUGUGGAUAGAUUUAUUCAGCACACAGAAAUCAAAUUGACUUCACUUAAUGUGCACCGGCUUCUGAUAACAAGCAUUAUGCUAGCAGCAAAGUUUAUGGAUGAUGCAUUCUACAACAAUGCUUACUAUGCUAAAGUUGGAGGAGUGAGCACAUCUGAAUUAAACAGGUUGGAGAUGAGCUUUCUGUUCAGCAUAGAUUUUAGACUUCAGGUUAGUGUAGACACGUUUGGAAGAUAUUGUUGGCAAUUGGAGAAGGAAGCAGCAGAAGCACUCCAAAUUGAAAGGCCGAUGCAGGCUUGUCGAAUUAAAGAAAGCUGGUCAAACAAAGAUGAUCCUACUUGUGCUUCCACAAUUGCAAGAUGAAAAUAUGCUAGCACCAAUGUAAUAUUGCUGUUCCACAAUUAAGUGGGACAAAACGAAAUUUGAAGAGAAAAAGAAAAGAUUGCUGUAUACUCGCCAUUGGUAAUUCAAUCAUUUUUUCAGGGACCAUUGUGGAUGGUUAUGCAUCCUUUUCUCUCUAGUUCUGUUUUUUGUUUUGCUCCUCAUUUGUAAUUGCAACCUUGUAACGGAUAGAGAUUGUGAUGAAAUUUUAUCACCUACAAUUCA